GCGGAGAGCGGCGCGCGAAUGGGGAAGGCCACGAGGUGGCUGCGUGGCCUCUUCGUCGGGAAGAAGCCAGAUCUCGAUGCGCCGGCGGUCAGCGAGAAACGGCGACAGUGGAACUUUGUGGUGCCAUUCCGGGAGAAGGCGCAGCAGAAGCAGCGGAGGGCAGGGCAGGCGGCGGCGGCCGGAGCGGGGGAGCGGAAGGGCUUCAACGGAGGAGCAUUUGUAUCGUCCCAAGACGAGGAGGAGCAGAGAACGCGCGGCGUCGCCAUCGCGGUGGCCACCGCCGUGGUGGCUGAGGCCGCUGUGGCCACCUCGCAGGCCGCGACGGCGGUCGUCCGGCUGACGAGCAGCGGGAUGGCGUCCCCGGCAUUGCUUUCAUCCCUCGCCUCCGCCUUCUAUAAGAUGGAGGAAGCGGCGGCGAGCAAGAUCCAGGCCGCGUUCCGUGGUUACCUGGCAAGAAGGGCAUUGAAGGCACUGAGGGGACUUGUGAAGCUCCAGGCACUUGUCAGAGGCUACAUUGUCAGGAAGCAGGCCGCAGAGGCUCUGAGAUGCAUGCAGGCCCUGGUGCGAGUCCAAGCCAGGGCCCGGGCUCAACGUGUAUUCCGAUCGGAGCAACCGCACCAUUUCAAGAAGUUCCCCAGAAGGCAUGCCAGGACUUCCUCAAGGCCAGCUACUUCAGAUUCAGCCAUGCGGGAUCGGAUUAACUCUGCUGGAUUGAACUGGCUGGAUGAGUGGAUGGAGGAACGUUACUGUGACAGCCAUGGAUCUGUCGAUGCAUACAAGGACGAUGACAAGAAUGCCAAGGUCCUGGAAGUAGACCCAGGGAAGGCACAGUUACACCAUUCCUCAUGCUCAACUCUGACCUCAGACCGAAACAGCCUCAGCUUUCUCAGUGUCAUCUCUGGCCAAUCCUCCAUCAUCGAAACACAGCAACAAUCUCUUCGCCGCAUGAAGUUACCAUUCAAGUUCCACAACUACGGUGAGAGCCCUCAGUGCUACUCCGCCUCAUCAAGGCCUGGAAGCUCAAGAAGAGGAGCACCUACUCCUUCAAAAAGUGACUGCUCUCGGAGUCUCUUCAGUGGCUAUUCAGACUACCCAAACUACAUGGCGGAUACCGAAUCAUCAAAGGCAAAAAUACGAUCCUGCAGCGCUCCAAAGCAGAGGCCAGAGGUGCAGAACAAAAUCUACUCUGGUUCAGGCAAGUUAGAUAGAUCAGGGAAGCUUAUAAGGCUCUCGCUAAAUCAAACUUAGAAAGCAAUGCUCUCUUCUCUUGUAGUGUGUAAAUUUGUAGUAACCACUGUAAAUCUCUAACAAUGCAGCAGAAAUGCCUAACAAUGUUCAUGUUGUCUAUUCUUUAACUUGAUAUAUUAUCAUGCGU